AUGAGUCGCAGCGAUUUCCGGGGGCCGAAGCUGCCUCGCACAUUAUUAGAUCAGAUCCAAGGCGGUCGCGUAUCCAAGAAGCGUGAUGUGCCUCGCAAGGACAGGCGCAAACAGGAACGUCAGGACAGGAAAGCCACGCAUAGUCGACCAUCGCAACGAACUCGACCAGACCGGGCGCCAAUAUCGGAGGAAGACAGUGAAGAUGACAAGCCACCGGCGAAGCAAUCAGCCAUACCCAAGAACGACGCAAAGCCCAGCAAAUCGAUACUGAAACGGCCACCUCCCGAGCCAGUCGACAGCGAAAAUGAAGAACCCAGCGAACCUGCGGUGUCAAGAACCGCCAAGGCGAAACUUGAAGACGAUGAUGCAGAGAUUGCAGCAUUGGAGAAGAGGCUUGGGUUGAAAAAGAAGAAGUCGAAGAAGACUGGGGAUGAUGGGCUGGAUUGGCUGGUGUUUGGAUCAGAUGGUGAAGACGAACGCACAAGCAAGAGGAAGCGACCGGAAGAUGAUGAGUGGCUGCACAACAAGAGGCAGAAAGCUGGGGGAUCAAAAUCAUCUCUUCACGACGAUACAUCAUAUGAAUCCGAGCAUGACUCGGACGCGGACGGUAGCUUCGACGAGGACCUUGAAAAUCCAUUCUCAGAAGAUGAGAUCUCAGCCGAGGAUGAGGACGAUUUCGAAGCUUUUGACGACGAGGAUGAAGAGGAUAAGAGUGAAGAUGAACCAAUACCAGUCAAGCAAAGGGAGAACCCGUACGUGGCGCCGGUGCCAAAAACCGAGCAGCCUGCCAAGUACAUACCUCCUUCACUGCGACAAUCUUCAGGCACUGACGACGAGGUCUUGAGGCAGCUUCGUCGCCAAAUCCAGGGACAGCUCAAUCGCUUAUCCGAGGCCAACAUUCUCUCGAUCCUACAAGCGAUGCAGGAGUUCUACACGAAGAACGCCCGGCAACAUGUCACUUCAACGUUGAUCGAUCUUCUCACGAACUUGAUCUGUGAUCCGUCUGUCUUGAACGAUACUUUCCUUGUGUUGCACGCUGGCUUUGCGGCCGCUGUGUACAGGACCAUUGGCAUCGAUUUCGGGGCCCAACUUUUGGAGACCGUGGUGCGCAUGUUCGACGCACAUUACAGCACAGCCAGCGAAGGCAAACAAGAACUGAAUCUUAUCGCAUUUCUGUCAAACUUGUACGCGUUUCAACUCGUUGGAAGCGAGAUCAUGUUUGACUACAUCCGCAUGCUUUUGGACAAGGACAACUUCUCAGAGACGUCGACAGAGCUUCUCCUGCGAAUCAUUCGGAUGACUGGUACGCAGCUUAGGCAAGAUGAUCCAUCUGCGUUGAAAGACAUUGUUCUGCUCCUUCAAAAGACGGUCUCAGCAAUCGGCCAGGAUAAAGUGUCGGUCAGGACGAAGUUUAUGAUCGAGACUAUCCACAACCUGAAGAACAACCGGAUGAAGACAGGAGUGGUCGCUUCUGCAUUGACCGCCGAGCACAUGCAGAGGAUGAAGAAGACGCUAGGAGGAAUCAAGAACUCCAAGGCCACUGAACCACUUCGAAUCGGCUUGAGCGACAUUCGCGAUAGUGAGAAGAAGGGCAAGUGGUGGCUCGUGGGUGCCAGCUGGAAAGAUCCUGCAAAGAUGGCCAAUGGAGAAUCAACGGCAGCACCAGCUCAGGCCGAGACAGAUGAUGCGGAAAACGAUAGUGAUGCCUCUGACGGCGAUGUUGAUCUCGACAAACUCGCUCGAGCACAAGGCAUGAACACUGACGUUCGUCGAGCCAUCUUUGUGGCAGUUGCUGGAGCUGUGGAUUACCAGCACGCUCACAUGCGGAUCAUGAAGCUAAAUUUGAAGAACAAACAGCUGAUUGAGGUCCCUCGAGUACUGGUGCAUUGUGUGGGCGCUGAGCCAGUCUACAACCACUUCUACACAUUGGUUGCUACCAAGUUUUGUGGCGAUCACAAAUUGGCCAAGGCAUAUCAAUUCGCAUUGCUUGACCUAUACAGACGCAUGGGCGAGACCAGAGAUGGCGAAGAUGAAGAUGAUAUGGACACAGAUGGCGAAGAACAGAUGAGCGUUCGCAAGAUCUACAACAUUGCCAGGAUGUACUCUACCCUCAUUACGGAACAGCUGCUCCACAUCACCAUUCUGAAGCCUCUGAACUUUGGCAGCCUCAAGCCCAAGACCCAGAUAUUCGUAGAGGCUCUGCUAUCGACAAUCUUCAACCUGCUGCGGAAAAAGGCCCACAAGGAAGGCUUUGAGGAUGCCGUUAAAGACGUGUUCUUACGAACACACGCUGUCCCGGAUAUGGUUCCAGGGCUGAAAUACUACCUCUCGAAUAUCGUGCCAGACAGCGAGAUCGCAGCGGACAGAAAAGAGAAGAAGAGAAUAGCCCUUGGUUGCGAAUAUGCGGUCGAGGCGCUCUCGCAGCAGCAGACUGCAAUGUCCAUUGAAGACGAGCUUUCGGACUGA